CCAAUGCAUAUAUCCGCCGCGCAUCUGCAGUGUGUGUAAACUUCGAUGUGGUUUUUAGUGUAACUUUGUUAGGACAUUUUGUGAAAUCAUACCAACGAAAUCAUGUCUAAACGAAAGAAGAGUCGUGCUAUCAUUGAUUCAGACAGCUCUAGUGGUGACAGUGGGUCUGAUUUGGAAGAGGAGCUUCUUUCCUUAGCCAAGAGGAAGCGAACAGAGCCUGAUCAUGCUGAUGCCAGUCCCACGGACUCCCCACCUCCUCCAACACAGACCCCACAAAAGAAUGACUCUGAAUCAGAGACGUCUGAGAGUGACGAUGAGUGGAUGGUCGGCGGUAACAAAAAGAAACGACGGGUAAAAAAGAAAGUCACUCAAAGGCGAGUUUCAAAAGCCCACUCAGAAGAUUCUGCCCUGAACAGCGACUCUGAUAAAUCGUCACUGGAGGAAGGUGAGGUUUCCGAUUCGGACAGCAGCGAGUCCCUCUCGGCCUCCGGGGUGUCGGACAUCUCAGACGAUGAGCCGCAAUUCAAGGAUGGGUACGAUGAGAACCUGAUGGGUGACGAUGAGGACAAGGCGCGGCUCGCUCAGAUGACCGAGAUGGAGAGAGAACAGGAGAUCUUCAAUCGUCUGGAGAAACGAGAAGUUGCCAAGACAAGAUUUGAGAUCGAGAGAAAACUGCGGCAGGCCAAGCGAGAGCAGAAGCGGCAGAAGAGAGAUCGGCUCGCCAAGGAGCAAGGAAACAGCAGUAUCCUGAGCCACAGCGCCCGCCAGCUGGCUUCCCGCAGUGACAUUACUAAGGAGAGAAGACGUACCAUCGACGAGAAGAAAGACCGCAAGGCUCAGGCUAUCCUUAAUCUUAAGGCUGAGAGAGAGAAGAAGGAGAAGAAGAAAUCAGCAGAUACACCGGUCACAAGAAGGGAACCUCUCAGAGCAAGUGACGUUUACUCUGAUGAUGACGACGAUGAUGAAGAGGAUGAUAAGAAAAAUGAUGCUUCUAGCUCAUCCAGCAGUUCAUCCUACGGUGGAUCGGACGACGAUCGUGACGAUGAGGAUGACACCCCAAGAGUGACGUUCAUUUCUUCAAAAGAAGAGCUCAGUAAAAUCAGGUUAUCAAGGCACAAACUAGAAAGAUGGGUCCAUAUGCCGUUCUUUGGCGAUACUGUGGUAGGAUGUUUUGUACGAAUCGGGAUUGGUGCAAACGGUGGCCGAUCAGUGUACAGGGUUGCGGAGAUCACUGAAUGUGUAGAAACAGCCAAAGUCUACCAAUUAGGCGGUAACCGAACAAAUAAAGGUCUCCGCCUAAGGUAUGCGACGCAAGAGAGAGUCUUUCGUCUGGAGUUUGUUUCCAAUCAGGAUUUCACGGAUACAGAGUUCAGCAAGUGGAAAGAAGAUAUGGUGGUGGGAGGUUUCCAGCUUCCAACAGUGAGGGAAGUCGACACCAAGUACAACCAGAUAAAGAAAGCUCUGUCACACAACUACCAAGAAGAUGAAAUUGAAAAGAGUGUGGCAGAAAAAGAGAGAUUCAGGAGAAAUCCUCGCAACUACGCCAAGAAGAAGACGACACUCAUCAAGACCAGGGACAUGGCAGCAGUGGAAGGCAGGGAGGACGAUGUCAAGAAGUUUUCCCUGCAGCUUGAAGAGCUUGAAGAAAGAGCUGAAGAGCUGGACCGAGUCCGCAACAAGAACGUCAACGCUAUCACGUAUAUCAACAAGAGGAAUCGUACUCGGAAUAUAGCAGAGGCAGAGAGAGCCAUGAAGACUGAGAUCAAGGAGUCCCUGAAUGCCAAAGCUGACCCCUUCACAAGAAGACAGUGUAGACCACAACUUGUCACAAAGGCCGCCAAGGAGGAGAUGUUGAUGAAUUCGGAGCUGUUGAAGAAACUGGAGGAGGAACGCUCCAAGAAACAGGGACAUGAGAAUGCCAUGAAGGAUGACAUCAUGGAGUCGUUGAGCCAGGAAGCUCUACCGGGCAAGAUCGGCGACAGGAAGUUGUCGGAGGACCUCUUCCAUGCUCAUGAUUUCGACAUUAAAAUUGAUUUAGACGUCUCCACCUCAGAUUCCCGUCCCAUGGCGUUGAACUCCAACACCGAUGCAUUGGGCAAAGACGGCGCGCCCAGGAGAUCCCUUAACUUGGACGAGUACAAGAAGAUGAGGGGCCUCAUCUGAAAUGUCUCACCACCUUCCAUCUGGUCCGAAUUGGACGCUCUGCAUUUUCACUCUAAAACACAAUAUUUUGUACUGGCGUCAGUGUGAUGGGGUUUUAGCACUGCGUCAUCAAUGUGUUCAUUUUCACUGGACCACAGCAACUAUUAUACUUAACAAGGUGUGCUUAUGAUUAUUUUACAUGUAAGGGCACGAUGACAGACAACAUGUCUUUUUUGUAAACUGCUCCUUCUUUUGUUUACUAUUUGGACCAAAGACCGCAGUGUCAUUCAUACACAUAGCUUAAAGUUAAAGGGUAGUUUGACACUUGUACAAUAGUACAGUUGGUACAAGAGAGUAUAACAUGGCAUCCAGUGGUUCAAGAGAGUAGUUACAUUACAUGGCAUCCAGUGGUAUAGGAAAGUAUUAACAUGGCAUCCAGUACAAAAGAGUAGUUAUUAAACUCAUGGCAUCCAGUGGUACAAGAGAGUAGUAACAUCGCACACAGUACAAGAGAGUAGUUAACAAACUCAUGGGAUACAGUGGUACAAGCGAGUAGUAACAUGGCACCCAGUACGACAGAGUAGUUAACAAACUCAUGGCAUCCAGUGGUACAAGCGAGUAGUAACAUGGCACCCAGUACAAGAGAGUAGUUAACAAACUCAUGGCAUACAGUGGUACAAGCGAGUAGUAACAUGGCACCCAGUACGACAGAGUAGUUAACAAACUCAUGGCAUCCAGUGGUACAGGAAAGUUUUAACAUGGCAUCCAGUACAAAAGAGUAGUUAUUAAACUCAUGGCAUCCAGUGGUACAAGAGAGUAGUAACAUCGCACACAGUACAAGAGAGUAGUUAACAAACUCAUGGGAUACAGUGGUACAAGCGAGUAGUAACAUGGCACACAGUACAAGAGAGUAGUUAACAAACUCAUGGCAUCCAGUGGUACAAGAGAGAAGUAACAUCGCACACAGUACAAGAGAGUAGUUAACAAACUCAUGGGAUACAGUGGUACAAGCGAGUAGUAACAUGGCACCCAGUACAAGAGAGUAGUUAGCAAACUCAUGGCAUCCAGUGGUUCAAGCGAUUAUGAAAAGAGAGAUUAGUUAAACAUGACAUCCAGUGGUACAAGCGAGUAGUAACAUGGCACCCAGUACAAGAGAGUAGUUAACAAACUCAUGGCAUUCAGUGGUAUCAAUAAUUUUAAUUAUGUGACCUUUUUUUUCUAAUUAUGUCAAAAAGUCAGUAGUUUGAGAGAAGGUAUGGCCAUUUUAUUUGUUUUAUGGCCGGAUGCUGUCAUAGACAUUUUGUUUGUUCAGUUAAGUUGUAAUUGACACUCGGUGAUAACCUGUGGUGAAUUGUGUGUUUCAAGCAAAAUGGGCAAGCAAUUGAAGUUGCAUUGUUGCGUUACUCAUUUGCUUACAAGAAACUGUAGGCAAGUUAGCAUGCUUGGUGCGUUGCGUUCAGUGCGCAGAAAUAUAAACAGUAGAAACUGCAUGGGCCAUGUGCCCAAUUUCAUAGUGGUGUUUUUAAUAGCAACAAUAUAAUACUGCAUAGCAAAAUUCUUUUCUAAGCGAAAAAUUUGCGGGAUACCAGUUGCAACUAUGUACUCAUCGUGGAUUGUCAGCUGGUAAAUUGUUCCUGCUAAGCAACAUUUUUCUGUGCUGAGCACUUUCUGUGCUUACAGGGUUUAUGAAAUUGAGCCCAGGGCAGGAUCACCACUCAAAAUAUCCACUAGUACACAUUGGUACAUGAUUCUACAUCUUUUAGGUUUUAAUUUCUAAGAAUUAACUUUUACGGGUUGUUUGUUUUUGCUCAAAUCUUUUAGGCUUUCCAUAGCUUUCCAUACUUUUCCAUACCACAGGUUGUCACCACUCAGUGCUCACAAAAUUGUACAAAAUGUAAACUUUUUUCAUGUAAAUAUUACUGCCUGAAUGUGGCACCCAUUUUGGAGUGCUGAGUUUUGUUAUUUGUUUGCUUGUGUAACAAAUCCAUCAGUUUUGGCUUUGCUUUGGGGAUGGGGGGAUGUUUUUGCAAAAUGUAAACUGUACUGAUCAUUUUAUAAUUUAAAUUAAACUUCACUGAGGAUUACUCUAUAGUUAAUUUGUGAAAAACUUAUUUCAUGAAAGCUUUUCUUGUGUCACUCCCAAAAACCUCAAUUGAAACAUUUUUCAAGGAAGUGACAAGGCAAUAUGCAGUGUACAGUGCAGUAGGAAACAAUACAUCAUAUUAUUUCAUUUAUAAAUUACUUUUUGUCUAAAUGUAUGAAGGCCCCAAUGUUUGAAACUAUUUUUUUUUUGUGUUUUGCAAUUUACAGAGUUUUAACACUUUUGUCUUUUAAAAGACAUUGGAUCUUUAUCAUAGUGUCGGAAUCAUUGGUCAUGUUCCCUGCCUGCUGUACUAGUAAUAAUGAGUAUUGAGAGUCCCGAUACUCAUUUUAAGGGGAGGACCAGACUAUUUCUUACUUCCAGCCUAUACAAAUAAAACCCUUUGAAGAACUCUAAGCUCAAAAAGCCAUAUGUGAGUUAGAUUCAAAUAAUGUCUGGUACAAUGACUUGCUUAGUCACAACUUACCGCGUAAUUUUGAGUUCCAGAGACAGUCGCUAUGUCACAUGAUUUGGAGCAAACAUUUGCCUAGUUACAUGUAUGAAGGUUAUGGGUAGCACCCAUUCAUAAUUCAGACUACAUGUAUAUUCAAAUCUAACUCGCAAACGGCUUAAUGUUAUCUGUGACAACUGUGUACGCCCUCUAUGUCAGCUGUGGACAAAGAGUAUCAAUAGCAUGGGACUUAAUUAACCAAAGUGAACAAGUUCCAGUGCGCAUGUUUAAUCGACCCGUGAUUGACCACCUAGCAACGUACAUGUAUGCGCAGUGACAAACUAACUCAAAUGACUCAUAAGGAAGUCUAGUCAACCAUCGGUACCACGGUAUUAAACACGCCACUGCCUUCCGCCUUUUUCGCUGUAGUGUUUAUAGUUCCCUUCUGUGCUUUCCACAUGGUUAGCAUGAAACAGACUAUUGAGUCCCAUGGAUUAUAACAAUGGUCCUGAAGCUGGUUCCAAAUGGUCGACCACAGAAGUCAAACAAAGGUCCACCAGACUGGGUUUGAGCCAAAAUAGUCAACCAAACCAUGGUGUGUCCUCGAACUUGCUCUAAGAAAGCUGAUACUUGCCAUACCGCUAAAAAGGCAGCUCACACGAAUGCCUCAAAACAGAUGCAUCCAGACAACUACAUGUCAAACACACACAGCAUUCUCCAGAUUCAUUUCAAACCUUCCAGCUUUGCUUUCCUUUCAUUUGGAGACGAACCAACAUGACUGUACUAGAUAAGGAUCUGUAGUUUUAUGAUACUUUGUAAUAAAUACAUGUGUUUUUACCACACUAAUAAAUGGUUACAAGUCUUUGUAAAAAAGCA